AUGCACGUCGCCUGCAACACUUCAGGCUGUCCUAAGGGUUCAGAUAGCACUAUACUGAAAGAUUAUUCAUUGAAUUUUUUUAGUCCCGGAAUCAUGCAGUCAGAUUUAUGGACUUUAGAAACAGUUUAUCCAGUCUUCAAUAGAAGCAAUGGCAUCUGGAGCUGGAUUACAGAUAGGCUUGGUCGGAGAAAAGAAGUUGCUCCAACUAUUCAGGAUUUUGAUGCAGACUCCAUAGCACUUCCAUGGCAUUUGAUACAAAUUUCAGUGAACAACUUAUUAAUCGCAGACCACAGUUUUGCGUACAGGCACAUUAUGCCAAUAGUGCACUACCGUUGGUUUCCAUUGGGAACAGAUUACCUGGCUACUGAGUUAUUAGUAACUCUUCUUGGUCUCGACACUUGCUACUUUGCAGCUUUGGAACUCAAUGGACCCCAACUUGUAGAAAUCAGGAUAUUGGAAGAGUUAAAGUUGUGUGAAGGCAGAGCUGAAGUAAUGGAGUCAUAUCGGCAAACUGUAAAAGAGAGGUGUGCCCUUAUUAAGGAUAUGCACAUGAACUGGUCAAGUGCUAGAGUGCUUUCUGAUUCUAUGGAGAAGAUCCCUAACAAUGAGCUUAUAUCAUCAAUUGCAAGAUUUCAGAAUUACAUUAUCUUCUGUGAUACAGAUGGUCAAAGGGUUCUAAAGCACGACUUGGAUACCAAGAUCACCUCAAACAUUCAGUUUUCUAACUGUGAGGACUAA